AUGGAAUACGCUACGCUCGAGGCGCGUCUGGCGACGUUUGAAAAGCCAUCGAAGCGCUCAAAAUUGGGGUGGCCUCACAAAACACCUACACCAGAAGAACUCGCCAAAGCAGGCUUCUACUUCAAACCGUCCAGCUCCAGCAAUGAUAACACCAUAUGCUUCUUAUGUGAACGAGCUCUUGGUGGAUGGGAACCCGACGAUGAUCCAGUCCAAGAACACCUCAAGCACUCGAACGAUUGCGGCUGGGCUACGUUGAUGAACAUUGGACAGGAUGCCGCCUGGGACACGAAUGACAUGGAAGACCCGACAGGGCCACAGAUCACGGACGCGCGGAGGAGUACGUUUGCUUUGGGGUGGCCACAUGAAUCCAAGCGCGGAUGGACAUGCAAAGUUGAGAAGAUGGUGGAAGCAGGCUGGCACUAUGCGCCCACGCCAGAGAGUGACGACUUUGUCAGCUGCGUGUAUUGCAAGUUGUCUCUAGAUGGGUGGGAACCAAAGGACAACCCUUUCGACGAGCAUUACCGCCGCUCUCCUGAGUGUCCGUUCUUCCACUUUGCCGGCACCACGGCGCCAUCAAAACGGCCAAAGGCCAAGAAAGGUCGCGCAUCAAGAACAUCUCGGACAUCCAAAGCCUCGACAAGAUUAUCCACUCAGUCUAAUUCAACAAUGCUAUCAGAAGUUGAGCACAGCAUCGACAUACCGGAGUUCGAAGAAUCCAUUGAUGCAAGUGAGAUGUCGGUCAUGUCAACAAUGUCCACGGCUUCGACUGCCACGACGAAAGGUAAACGGAAAGGAGCUGGAGGCCGAGCGAAGACUACAAAGAUCAAAAAGACCAAGACCACACGGUCGACAAGGGUGAAGAAAGGACAGCCUGAGCCAGAACCAGGGCCGGAACUCGACCUAGGGGCUGAACCAGUCAAGGCAGAAGAACCAGAACAUCCAGGAGAACUCAUGGAAGAUCAGAAAUCCACAAAGGCCGAAAGUAUGGAAGAACGGCCCUCUCCACCUUCGCAACAGCAGGGAAUACCCAGCCCACCGGCAGAGGUCGCAUACCCAAGUAUACCAGACAGUCCAGGCGCGCCGGAUGAAAUGAAACUAAGUCCUGUUGGCGCGCCUCCGCAGACCUCACCAACACCUGUUAAAGCGCGUCGUCGGGCCUCUGCACGGAGUUCAACAGUGACACCCAAGGCGACGAUCACCUUGAAACCCAAACUUGAACCCAAAUUUGAACCCCAGCCCGAAGCCACAUCCACUCACUCUCCGACACCUCAAAGUCCAACUCCUCCAUCAGACAUCGAAAAUGCACCUCCCAGCGCCCGGCCCGCAUCCGCCCGACCUCCUGUACCUCCGGCACGAACCCAAACGCAGACUCAGAUCAUUCCUCUCGCCAUCUCUUCGCCCGGCGCGCCAGCUCCAGCAUGGGACCCCGCCGAUGUCGAACUCAUCUUCCAAUCAAGCACGCCCCAACCAGUGGACAUACUCGCCCUUACGGGUGGCAGAUUAUCGACACCGGAGAAAUCCAUGACGGUCCAGGAGUGGAUUGGACAUCUUGCCGAACAGGCAGAAGUGGGAUUGCGGGCCGAAGCGGAGCGCGUGGUGGGGAUCUUCGAACGAGAAGGACAGCGGGCAAUGGGUGUUUUGGAGAGCAUUGUCUGUGUAUGA